CCCCUUGAAGUUACUAACAGGAGGUGAGAUUGAUACAAAAAUAAGAUUUUCUGACAUCCAAAUGCAUGCAAACAAGCUAAUUUCAACCCUCAAUAGAGUACCCAUCUUCGUGAUUGCCAGAACGAUAACAGUCCGUAUAUCGGACAACAAGGGCGCCGAUAUGUUUAGCGCAUCCCCGAAUACCGCAGUACUAGAAAUUCUAGAACAAGAUGGGUAUACCAAUGGCGGGUUUAAUAACGAUACAAUACACGAUGACAACCCUGAUAGUGUUGAAGAAGGACAUGAUUCUGAAAAGCGUAGAGAAUUAACCGAGAGAAGCACCGAAGGAGAGAGUACGCACUCAGAUAAACAACGCAGGCUGAGCUGUAAGUCGGCGAAGUCUAUAGGGAGUGUAAUAGACUCGAGACGACCGUCAGUGGACACAAACUCCAAAGUUCCGACCGACCGUUGCAUCGACUGGUUGGUAGUAUUGGCGUCCUUUUUCAUUCACUUCAUCGUAGACGGUAUUAUGUACUCUUUCGGCGUGCUCUACAUCGCCCUGCUGAACGAAUUUGAAGAAAGCAAGUUGGCGACAUCUUGGGUUGGCUCCAUUCAGAUAGCUGUGAGCUUAAUCAUAGGUCCAAUAGCAAGCGCCCUAUCUGAGAAAUUUGGACACCGGGCUGUUGGAAUCACUGGUUCUAUUCUCGCUGCAUGGGGAUUUGGGAUGUGUUUCUUGGCGCCAAACUUGUCCAUGUUGUAUAUUUCAUAUGGGGUUAUGACCGGCCUCGGUUUCGGACUGAUGUAUUUCCCAAGCAUUGUGUCCGUUCAGCAUCAUUUUGAGAAGAAGAAAAGCCUAGCCAUGGGCGUAGCAAUGUGUGGAUCUGGCGUUGGGACAUUUUCGAUGGCACCCCUCUUAGAACUUCUCAUUGAAAGUAUUACUUGGAGGUACACUCUUCUUGUACUGGCAGGGCUAUCACUCUCGGGGAUCGGCUUGAGUAUGCUGUUCUUUCCACCUACAUUAAAGAGCAAAGAGGAAAAUGAGACAAAACAGAACUUAAAAUUCAGUGUCAAAACGGAUAUGUCCUUAAAGAACUUGAUCCACAUUCCCUUAUUAAGAGAAGCUGAUGUUGUCGUGUGGCUAGUUUGCAUGUUAAUGUUCAAAGUAGGAGUCGUGGUUCCUCACACGUAUAUACCAGAUGCCGCACGAGCCAAGGGGAUAGAAGUGAACAACGCAGCGUUCCUGGUGUCCAUUGUAGGAAUUGCUAACACAGUGGCGCGAGUCGUGAUGGGUCUUUCUGCAGACUUCCGGUGUGCUAACAGGCGCUAUAUGGUUGGGACAAGUGUAAUAGUUGGAGGCGUCAUGGUCUCCAUAUUGCCUUUUAUGAUGGGGUACGGCGAGAUUGCCACCGUAUGCGCUUUCUAUGGAUUGACAGUUGGCGCUACUGUCUCUCUGGUCCCGGUUGUUCUGAGAGAUUUAGUCGGCAUUGAGAAACUCGGACCUUCCUAUGGACUGCACAUGUUGGCCACAGGGUUGGGUUCCCUACUGUUGUCAGCAGGAGGCAGUUUGUACGAUUUAACCGGGUCUUAUGAUGUGACGUUCUAUAUCACUGGCUCACUAGUGUUCCUUGCCGGCGGGAGCAUUCUAUUGUUACCAUGGGUACGCAAGCUUCAGGAUCGAUGUUGUUACCAUGGCAGUGCAAAAAUCACAACAGAUACGGAGCCAUCAACAUUUGAUACGUCCAUUCCCUAAAUUAUAUUUAAUAAGGAGACAUUUAAAAUAAAAUGGCUAAUGUUUUCUUUAUAGUAAUAAUAAUAACAAUCUAAAAGAUAUAUACAGUCUUCACAUUGAAUAUGGGUUAUUUUUUCUGCGUUUUUUUUUUUUU